CAAAUAAAUAAUCUAGUAUAUAAAAAACAAAUAAAGCUUAUCACAAUGACAGAUGAUUUAUUGAAUAAAGAAAGAGAAUUUCGUCGAAUAAAUAAAGAAUUAGACAAAAAAACUAAUGAAUUGUUUAAAGAAGUUGAACUUAUUAUUAAUAGUAGUAAUAAUCAUCUAACUACAAAGAGUUUACUUUCCACAGGAUUUUCUAAAUUUUAUAAUUUAUCUAAUGACUUGAAUUCUUUUGAUUCUCAACAAUCAUUUGAUUCCGAUUCUUUUCACACUCGCAACAAGAAUAAUACUCCAAAUAUUAGAUUGAAGGAUAAUUGCUCGAAUUCAAAUAUUAAUAAUGAAGAUAAAAUUAACAUUAGAAAUGAAGCAAUUCCAUUGAUAGAUGAUGAUUUUUUUUCAACUGAAAAUAAUUCUGUGAAAAGCAAUGAAACAAUUAUAAAAUUUUUGAAGGCAAAAGUAAAAGUAUUAGUGAAUGAUUUAGAUACAGUUAAAAAUGAGCUUAAAAAGAAAGAUAACUUGAUUAAAGAUUUACAAAACGAAAAUACAAAGAUCAAUGAGUCAAAGGAUAAACUCAACAAUCAAAUUAUCAAUUUAAAAAGUACAAUUAGUAAAUUAGAAAACACUAUUUCAACUCAACAAAUGGAAUUACAAGCACGUCUGAAUGAAAGCUGCUCAUUAAAAAAGGAUAUAGAAGUGAUUAAAAAAGAAUUAAAACAUGCUAAUCAACAAAUCAGUAGUUUGGAUUUACGUUUAAAUAGAUCAGUAGAAGACAAUGAAAAAUUAAAAAAUAACAUUAAAUCAAAUAAAGUUGAAGAAAGAAGUUUACGAGAUAAAAUACGGAAAUUAGAAGAUAGUGAAAGAUUGGUGGUGAAGAAUUAUGAACGACAAUUUUCAGAAAUUUUACAAGCAUUCAGAAAACAGUCUUUACUGAUUGAUAAUUUGAAAAAACAGAAAGCAUAUUUAGAAGCAAGUAAACAGAUAAACUUGACUCGUGAAGAUUUUUUAAAAAUAUUGAAACUAGAAGUUUGAUCAAUAAAUUGUAAUUUUUUUGAUUAAUUAUGACAUACAUUAAUUAAUAGUAAAUCGAGUGCAAGUAUCAGUUUGCUUUUAACUUAUGAGUUAUUUACAGUUUUAAUGAGUAUUUAAUCUUGUCAGUAAUGUUUUGUUUUAGUAAAAUACAUUAAUGUUUAUUAAUAUUGUUAAUUUAAUAAUUAUCAUUAUUAAUUGUAAUUAAUUAUUCUGAACUCUUAAUGUUAAACUUUGUCUCUCACUCAGUAUUUUUUUUAUUCGUUCACACUUUAGCCUCAUAUACAUGAAACACUGAAAUAAACAUUGAAUAAAAAAAUUUUUUUUAAUCAUUAUUGGCCGCAUUUUACUAUCAUUAAUUUAAUCAAUUACUCAUAUUGCACCUAAAAAUUUCAUAAUAAU